AGUCCAGAUUGAUUGAUACUGAGCAGUUCUUGUGCCCUCAGUCGCGCAGUUGUUUAUCAACUGCGUCACCAGCUGUCCGCCAGGGGUGAUGGCGUCCCAGCUCGGUCGCGUAGCAUGCCGAGUUAGCAGCCCUGCGGCCGGUUUGGGUUCAGAGGAUGAGGACUGGCUUCUCUCUUAUCUUGCGUCCACCGCAUAUGGCCGUGACCCUCGCCUCAACCUCGCCACCACCAAAGUUCGAGUCUCGGCCAACCUUCGCUCUGCCGGCAAUUGCCGUACCAGCCUCUCCACCGCCCUGCCUAGAGCACCUGGCCGCGCCGACGCACUUCCUGGCCGAUUCUCGCUGGCCCUGCCAGCGCUCGCCGCGGCCAACAUGGCCGUCGACCUCCUCGUGGAGGCCGGUGGCGCGAUUGGUCGGGACAAGCUCCGCUGCGAGAUUGCGAGGGACCUCGUGCCGCUUUGCACCGCUGAUUCGGCAAGGGCUGACGAUGCGCAAGCUGCCUCAGGCGACUGGUGCGCUCAGUCCACGAUGGCCGGGCUGUUACCAUCGGGUGCCGCGCGCCUGCCGCUCGCCAGCACGCAGCUCCCCCGACUUCGAGCGCUCCAAGCCGAUCUGCCGGCCGACGCGUCAGCGAAGCCGGCGCGCGUUGAAUCGGUGUCCCCCAGCGACAACUUCGACCGCUGGGUGGCGACGGGCGGCGCGCAGCGAGCGCGGAGGAAGUCCAUGAUGGCGCAACGCGGCCUGGCCGCGGGCGGAGGCCGUCUAAGCAUGCAGGGGCCGCGCAUGUCGAUGAGUGGGCGACGGCAGUCCAUGGACUAUUCGGAGCUCGACGCCGUGCGCGAAAGGCUGCAGCACGCUGCGAACAUGUGGGCGCUGGAAGUGCAGGACGAGCAAGAGGGCGACAGCGACGACGAGGAUGAGCGCGACGAAGGCAUCAUGGACGACACAUCCACGCGCGCGUCGCCCAGCGCCGUCGCGUCGUCGCCCUCGUCCUCGACGGGCACAGCAGCGCAAGGCGCGCGGGGCAGGGACACUAGUGGCAAGGACGCGUCGCGGAGAGUGGGUGGGGCGAGGAAGCGGCUUCCAUCUGGCGGUGCGGCGAUGGGCAUGCAAGGCUUCCUGUCGCGGUGGAUCCACAAGGUUGCGGCCUAGGGUCGCCGCUCACGUACCAUUAGCAUUAACGUAGGUGGCCGCAUGAGGGGGAACAAGAUCAUGGUGCUGCUGUCUCGCACCGGAAGUACCGUCGUAGUUCAUGCCCAUUGGUAUGAUGCAUUGACCCCUAUUGCUGCCUUACAGUAGAACCUGAAAAGUUGAUCUAUGCAAGCCAUCCCCGUGGAAUGUCACACUUGGAGUUGCACUCCACCUGGCCUACCACACUGCUGCAAAU